AUGCCGGAUACCGACUGCUUGAAGCGAUCCAUCACCACGUGCCAUCCCUCGCUAGAGGAGAAAUCGAUCCUCCUCAACAUCAUCUGGAACACUACAAUAAACCCGAAGACUUCAAAGACGCCAGUACUCGACAUCGACCCUUACCUGGAAUACUACGCUGAACAAUGUCACAUCUUCAGCCUAGAACAGAGUGGCUUAUCAGCGGACGGGCCAUCUGGAUUUGAAAUCUCGGCCCACGAAGACAUCCUCCAAGUCGUACAAAAACUAGCAACAGAGCCGCAAUCGAGACAAGACGUGGUGCAAAGCCUCAAAGCAUUACGACUACACCCCUCAGAAAAGGCGGAAAGCGAAAGGGAAUGUACCGGUCAAGAUUCAGCCCCCAACGUCGACGUCAUCAACAACGCAAUCGAUUGGGCGGCAAGGCUGCUGACCAUGAUGGACAUCGGCCAACCACAUUGCGCCUAUUCCGCCCAGCGGCCGCUCAGCUGGGAACAAGGCUCCCUGCGCGCAUUCGUGUCCAAUCGCCUAGAGCCCGAAAGGCAAAGCGCAGGAGGCUACGUACGCCUGCCCAAGCUGUUCAACGCGCGUAACCUCGAGCUCCUUGCCGGAAUCAAAGUUUCUUGGACCAAUAAUCUCUCUGACCAUCUGCGGAUGAGGGAUGAUGACAAAGAGGUUCUGAUUUUCCACCACGCAACGUUCCUCGAGAACGGCCGCACGGACAUCUUUCCACCGGGCUUCUGCAAAGAGACAUUGCGCACGCUCUCGCUUCUUCUGCCAGCUUCUGACAAAGACACAGCAAAAUGGUAUAAGAAGUACCGCUCCGUGGAGAAGCUGGACCGCAGAGCAGUCAAACUGCCGAACCUCCGCACGGACGACCGCCAGAUUGAGAAUUUCCACUUCUGGCGAGAACGUCUCGUGAUCCUGAAGCAGGUCUUCGACGAGGCUGAACCCAGCACGCUCUCGCAGUGGUGGUACGACAGGCGGAAGGGUCCACAGUGGUACACCUUUUGGGUCGCCGUUGCGGUUCUCGCGCUGACGGUAUUCUUCGGUAUCGUACAGUCUGUCGAGGGCGCGAUGCAGGUGUAUCGUGCUUAUCAUCCCGGAGGGCCCGAGGAGCAUUGA